AUGCGCUGCAUAUGGAUCGUUAAUGACGUGAGAUUUUGGUUACCAGAUAUUUUAAAUUUACCGUUUAACUACAUUUCAUCUAUAUUGAUUGCCUUCCACAUAUAUUUUAGCUAUUGGCUGACGGCCUGGCUCUGCGUCUUCUAUUCCAUUUUUAUCGCCAACUUCAGUCACCAAACCUUUCUCUGGAUUAAGAGGAAUCUGUUGGCUUUCCUGCCUCAGGUUCUUUUCCUGACGGGAGUCGGGUCGCUGGCCAUAUCUCUUCUUGCAUACACGUGGAGACGCAAGUUAUCUUCCCUCAUACCUAAUUCUACGAAUGGAACAGCGAUUGAAGGUGUUUAUUAUAUGUAUAUGAUUAUUAGCAUCAUCCUUGGCUCCUGCCUUCCAUUUACUGGCAUUGCCAUCUCCCUCGUGGUCUCCCUGUCAUCUCUUCUGAAGCACGUCAACAACGUCAGCCAGACCGGCUUCAAUGUUCAGAUCCAUGUCACCCUCAUAAAAGCAAUGGCCAUGCUUCUCAUUAUCUCAGUCUCAUCCUUCUUCUGUUACUCGAUUAAUCUCGCAAUCACGAAUAAGUCUAACGAUCCUUCGUAUUUUAUCAUCCAGUCAUUAAUGUUGAUCAUCCCAACACUGGAAUCCAUAAUCAUCAUCAAGGCAAGUCCCAAACUGAGGAAGAACUUUCUGAGAUAUUUCUGUUUCAGGGGAACUGGUGAGAAUUAA